GUUGAUGCGUUGAUUCAUUAUCCACCUUUCUCUCACUCUCUCUUUCUGAUUUUCAUUCAAUUACUGUUCCCUUUCUGGCAACUCCAUUGUUGUUGCUGCCUCUCGUUGAAGGGCAAUCAGAUCUCCCCUCUCAUCCCCUCUUCCGCCCAACAUCCUGAUUUGCCCGCUCUCCCAGCUCCGCAGUUGCAUUUUAAGUAUUGCAUAGUUCCCGAAUUUGGGCGCGCAUUCAAACUGCAUCUGGAAAUAAGAAUUCCAAUGCCAAGUCGGAUGCCGUGCUUGUGUAUUCUGCCCACUUAUCCAACUUAUCGCUGUGCCAACAUGAUAAAGAUAAACCCCCGCCAGGUGAUAAGAAAAAACUCUCGUGUCCAUCGGCAAUUAGGCAAAAAGUGUUUCUCUGAAUACAUGAAUUUAAUUUCAUGUUUCGCUCGUGCUCAGCAUGAUGUCACUCCACUGUUUGCGUUUAAAUGUUUAGCCCAAAGUGAAAUACAAAAUUUGUAUGUUUCGCGUGGGUCGUUGUCACAAAAAAGAAAUCCGAAUGAAAAUAAUUCGAGGCCAUACAUGGCAAACUAGCUAAAUCCUAAGAUCUGACUGUUUUGCAACACUUCUGUUCGGCGUGUUGCAACUUGCAAGUGCAACUCCGCUGGGGUCAGCUGGCAAUGCCAUUUGCUCAGUUGCACUUCAUUUGUUCUCCUGUUGUCUUUUCGCUCCGUCGUGACAUGACUAAUCCGGCUUGCAUGUGAAAGCACACACGCAUACUGCCCUGGGUGGUGGAGAGCGGAGAGGUUGGGGUGGUCUCUGUGGACAAUGGGUGAAGAGAAAGAGUCCUCUCUUUCGCUCAGAACCCCAACGCCUACAGCAGAGGCUGACGUGAAUUAUUUGUGGGAAAUGCGAUCAAUUUGUACGCCACCGGUCCUCACAAGCCUACAUGUUUAUUUUAUUUGAUUUAACUUCUGAUGCUGGUGACUUGGCCCCGUUUGUCCAGCAGCGUACGUGUGACUUUCAGUGUGUCCAAGUGCGGCUGUCGAAUUGUUGACGUUGUAACAGGGCCCGGGCCAGAAUACAGUGCGCCUUCAAUUUAACCGUUCCAGAACUGAAUCCGAGCUGGUAGAGGUGGACUUAGCUUCAGUUUUGACAAUCAGAAAUCACGGAGUGCCUUUAAUUGAUAAUCGGGUGUGAAUGCAAACGCGAUUGUGCGUUUGUUUUGGUUUCUCUCUUUAUCUCCCUCUUAGCCGCUCUCCCAAUGACAAUAACAAUGCAGUGUGAUUGUUCGUCGCCGCAAGCGGGUUAUAUUGUUGUGCACUUUGCCUGAUGUUGCAUGCAACACGAUCAUCUGUUGCUUGUGAAAUCCAAUUUCAAGCCCGAUUUUCUCUAUUCAUCGAUUGACUCAUUCGUCGCCCGUUUUGCAGUACACGUUCCCAACGAAAUAAGUUUAUAACCAGAAUCUAAAAAAUAAAAGAAGUGACAAGAAAAGUGUGACGACAAAUGAAAAAAGAUGAACAUGUAAACUAAAUUUCUACAAUUACACAUUAGAAAACAUUAAAAGCGCAACGAACGAUAAAAGAUCAAAUUAAUCAAGUUUAACUGCAAGACACAAUAAAUGAUGGUUGAUAUUAAAUAAGUUUAAAAGCAACAACUAUAUGGUUGAUGGUUCACGUUUUGCAACGAGCAAGGCAAGACUGGCAGCAAGAUGAUCAAACUGAAAUCCUUGUUCCGCAGAGGACAGGGCACCUCCAGCUCCCAUUCCUCCAACUCGUCACACAAGCAGCAGCAGAACUCCUCAAACAACAAUCGGCAGAAGUCGCAAUCGAGCACUUCAUUGAAUACCGCCCACGAGCAGCAGCAGCAGCAGCAGCAGCACAGCAUCACCGCAGCAACUACAAAGUUCUACGCCCACCAGGAGACGGCCACUUACGAAAGAGGCGUGGAUGUGGGUGACGAGGGGGCGCUACUGCUGACCAACCAGCAGCAGGAACAGAGGCGCCAGCAGUUACAGCAGCAGCAGCAUCAGAAGCCCCAAAGCAACACCUUGCCUCAAAAGAAGUCCAAGCUCAAGGGACAAAAGCAGCCCAAGCUGUUGCCAGUGCAGCAGCCACACAGCAAUGCACCUGAACCACAUGAUCCACAGCAACCACUGAUGACUUCCCUGGCAGCAGUGCCGCAGGCUUCAGCGACUGGGAGCUCCAGCAACAGCAACAUCAAUAACAACAACGCAUUGGCCGCACUACAAGAUGGUGGCGCUGCUGCCGCCGCUGCUGCAGAUUUCUACCAGCAACUAGCAGCAGCAGCAACGGCAACUGCAACAGCAACCUCGGCGAACGGCAGCAACACCAGUGCUGAUAGUCCGGUCAGCUCUUUUCCCGCAGCAGCAGCCGCCGUUGCGGUUGCCGCUGUGGCAGCAAGCAGCUACCAACAACAGCAGCAGCAGCAACAGCAACUCCUAAACAACGAACAGCAACAACAGCAACUCCUAGAGGCUAACAAUAAAAUGCAGGAGCUGCACAAACAGAUGGAUAGAUUCAGAAGCGAGCAAAUGCAACUGGAGACACGCAUCACGGAGCUGUUGCCAUACCAAAGCGAGGUGGCCAAGCUGAAGGGCGAUCUGGUUAAGAUGCAGAGUCUACAGGAAAAGUCCCAGAUGGAAAUCGGCAAUUUGAAAUACGAGAAUGAAUCUCUGCGCAAUCGGCUACGGGACGUAGUAAACUCACCGCUGUCGGAUGCGGAGAAGCACCAGAUCAUUCAAGACUCGCAGCGGCUGCACAGUUCAGCGCCCGCUUCAAUAGCCCUGCCCAGUACACAUGAUGCGCAUGAUGGUACACCCUGCCUCACUCCCGACUGGGAUAAACAAUCAUCCUCCAGCGAGAUCUCUGUAGCCUGCCUGCAAGACAAGAUCAUUCAAAUGGAGGAGACACACUACUCCACUAACGAGGAGCUACAGGCUACGUUGCAGGAGCUGGCAGACUUGCAAACCCAGCUGACGGAUACGCAGACAGAGAACGAGCGUCUGGCCGAGGAGAAGGAUGUGCUCUUCCAGUCGCUAUGCCGACAGACGGAGAAACUAAAUGAAUCGCGUACGCAAAUCAGCACGCUGCAAGAGCUGUUACUUCGGGAUACCAAACAGCCUGCACCCGAAGUAAGUGCUUCGGAGAGAGAGCAGAAGCUUCUGGACCUGAUCAAGACAUCACAGGAGGAGCGCGAGGCAGUUUUGCUCAAGCGGGAGGAACUGGGAGCUGAGCUGGCGGAAAUGAAACAGGCCCGGGAAGCUGGCCAACUGGAACUGCAGCGCCAGAGGGAACGAAUUGCCCUGCUGGAUUCUCAGUUGGAUGCAGCAAACGCAGAGCGGCGGCAAGGAGAGGCUCAGUUUUCUCAGGCCAUGGAAGAGAUAUCGCAGAGGGCCAUCGAAAUCAGUCGACUGAGCACUCUUCUGGAGAAUGCGCGCUCAAAGAUCGAGGAGCUAGAAGCAGAUUUGUCCAGAGGAGACAAGACAGACCUGAGCGAAGUGCUGGAUGUGGCCAGAAAGGAGAAGGAUGCCCUAGAAGAGCGUGUGGCUGAGCUACAAGAUCAGUGCUCUCGCAGCCAAGCUGAGCUGAGAAGGCUACGUGAUCAGCUAUCCGGGCUAACUGAGGAAUGCAAAGUGGUCAAGAAUAACGCCAAGUGUGCGGUCUCCCACCUUGAAUACCGCUUAGAGCAGCUCCAACGUGACAAGGACAAAAUAGCUGGCGAAUGGCAGGCCCUGGAGGAACGCGUGGCCGAACUGCAGGUUCAGUGCAAAUGCCAUCAGGAAGACAAAGCCCAGUUGCAAUCUCUGCUAGCUGAAACUCAGCGCCAUCUGGGCGACGUUCAACUGAAGCUGGGUGAGGCAGAGUGUAGACUCGAACAGGAGACACAGCUGCGGCGCAAGGAGGCCGAGGAGUGGCAGCAGUUCCAGGCCGACCUUCUCAUGACUGUGCGAGUGGCCAACGACUUUAAGACUGAGGCGCUCAGCGCCCGGGAGCAGCUAGUUCUCGACAACAAGACGCAGAAAGAAAAGAUCAGACUGUUGGAGCAGCAGCUUGAAAAACUUUCCAACCAGCAAAUGCAACAGUCGGAGACUCCGCAAUCCGUGCUGUCCACAGUUCAGCGUGAGAUGGAGAUGGCCACGCGACGCAGCAAGCUUAGCUUCAGCCGACAGGACUCGCGGCUCUCCGUCAAAACGCUAAUUGAGAGUAUUGAGAAUAACAAAGCGCAGGGAAAAACCGACGAGUCGGAAUCCCACUACAGCUCGACGUCGAGCCUAAACAGCGGGACUCCUGACCUGGGCACCACGCCCAUCAUCUUUCCUCCCUCCAGUGACUGGCAUGAGAGCAUUCGGUUGCCUGUGCUGCAGAGCAGCAACUUGCACGUAAACGUCGGCAAUCAAGCUGGUGCCGGACAGGGCACCAAUACUUCAUCUGGCAGCGGAGGAGAUUUAGCUAGCACUACCAAAGCAACUUUGCCGCUGCGCGAUCAACAACAGCUUGCAAUGACAUCUACCCAAACCCAGAUACAGAACGUCUCCCAACCUUCUACGCCAGCCACGCCCAGCAGCGCGGGCAGCACCAGUAGCGGCGGGUUGCCGUUUGGUAACGUCUCAAAGUCAUUUAUCAGCGGCGAACGCAAGGACCCGCUAAACAUGCUGGCCAAGAACGGGGGUUCGAAGCGCAACGCCCUGUUGAAGUGGUGCCAAAACAAAACAGUGGGCUACCGCAACAUCGACAUCACCAACUUCAGCUCGUCGUGGAACGAUGGGUUGGCCUUCUGUGCUAUCUUACACUCGUAUUUGCCGGAUCGCAUUCCGUACGAUCAGCUGACUCCCGCCAACAAGCGUCGCAACUUUUCGCUGGCAUUUGCGGCUGCCGAGUCCGUGGGAAUUGGCACAACACUGAAUAUCAAUGAUAUGUGUCAGAUCGAACGACCCGACUGGAUGCAGGUGAUGUCCUAUGUGACGGCAGUCUACAAAUACUUUGAGACCUAGAGGAGGGAACUUAAGGACCAUCUGCUGCCCUCCACUUGAGCUCUUUUGUGCAGUAUUCGUGGGGUUCCCUUUGCUUUCAAUAUAUAUGUUUGUUCUUUCGCAUUCA